CCUACGUAGUGCACUGUGUUGUCCGUUCGGGACGCCCACAGGGGAGAGAGAAAGAGACAGAGAGAGGACAUUGUCCGGCACUUGCACAUGUGAGAGGGACGGGGAACAGGAGAGCUCACAGGUUCGCGGUGCCACAGCAGGAAAUAUUUUCUUUAUAUUUGGCAACCCACUGAUUGAUUUAAUUGAUUAGUUUAAUUGGAUUACUGAGACACAGAGACAGACGGAGAGGAAAUUGAAGUUGAUGCAUUUUCUGGAGGCGGUUGACGUGGCUUCAUUCCAACAUCCCGGGUUGCGAUCGGAGGAAUAUUGCGAGGGACGGCGACGCGAUGUCGAGGUCUGACGAGGUGAACAAAAUGACGGAGAGCGUCUACAAGGGAAUCCUGGACCAGUUUAACCCCAGUUUGAAGAACUUUGUCGUCAUGGGGAAGCACUAUGAGAAAGCGCUGACAGGAGUGACUGUUGCAGCUAAAGGCUACUUUGAUGCUCUGGUGAAACUUGGAGAACUGGCCAGCGACAGCCAGAGCUCGAAAGAACUGGGUGACACGCUGUUCCAGAUGGCUGAGGUGCACAGGCAGAUCCAGGUGCAGUUAGAAGACGUGCUGAAGCUCUUUCACUCCGAACUUCUCUCUCAGCUGGAACAGAAGCUUGACCUGGACAUUAAAUUCCUCACUGCCACGCUGAAGAAGUACCAGAGCGAGCGCCGGUCGAAGGCCGAUUCGAUUGAACGCUGUCAAUCGCAGCUGAAGAAGCUGCGCAGGAAAAGUCAUGGCAGCCGGCAUCCGAAUAAAUACGGAGACCGGGAGAUGCAGUUUGUGGAGCUGAUGAGUCGCAAGCAGACGGAGUUGGACUCUCUGGUGGCUGUGGGUUAUCGCUCUGCUCUCACCGAGGAGAGGAGGAGGUACUGCUUCCUGGUGGAUCGUCAAUGCUCCGUCGCCAAGCUGCUGAUAAACUACCACAACAAGGUGCGUGAACUCCUGUCACAAAAGCUGUCGUCGUGGCAACAGUCAUGUUCCCAGCCAACAAAGUUACCGGAGCGAGCGUUGAACCUGCUGCGCCACACUGCCCCUCAGGGCCCUGGGGCCUCCGGGAUAGCAGAAGUCCUCCGACACACUAAACUGGGUUCUGCUCAGUCUGGAGAGCAGAGGCUGUCCGUACAGGAAGUCCCGCCCCUUCUGAAUGGCGAGUCCAGCAAUCGGUCCCAGCCACAGCGAGCUGGAUCAUCUGAUCCCGCCCCUCGCUCUGUCUUCGCACAAAACAGCAUCACCCUCAACCCCAGCACUUCUUCGAGCCCCGCCCACCCUGUGCAAACAACCUCAGGAAGCAUUUGCAGCUUGCUUUCUCCACCUUCUGGCUCAGCAUUUCCCUCUCUCAACCCCGCCUCUGCUUCAUCCCUUCAUUCUCUUCAGGGCCUGGCGCCGCCCCCUAAUGCCCCCCAGACGCCGCCGUUGCCCCACAGCGCACCCCUUUCUCGUGCCCUCACUCCCGUUCCACCCUCUGCCUUCAGUCCUCCGACCAAUAACCCUCUCCUGCUCAGGGUUGCCGAUGUCUAUGCGACCUCCACGCUGCCGUUACCACGGAAACAGCCGUCUGAGUUGCGGACAGGAUUUAUGGGUUCCACCCUACCCCGGGUACUUCCUCUCUGUCCCUCAGUCCGCGUGGAGGCUCUGUUUGCUCACUCGCCCAGCUCGGGUGACCGGCCAGAAAAAGGAGACAGAGCGGGGUCAUGUCUACUGUCCUUCCUUCCCGGAGAUGCCAUCGGGCUACUCAUCAGCGAGCCGAGAGACGGCUGGCACUACGGACAGAAUGAGAGGACUGGACGGAAAGGCUGGUUUCCCUUCUCCUACACCAAGCCAAUGCCAAACACAUCGACGCCGACGCAACACGACCCCGCCAGUCCUCCGGGUCUGUCCAAGUUGAACAGUACGAGUUUGGGACAGUUGGACAGGCUGCCCCCUGCUGGUGAGUUUGUGAAACUCAGUCCAGACUCGGAGGAGGAGCGGGGGAUCAGCACAUUUAGGCCACGCCCCUACAGCAUGAUGAACCCUGACAUCAGACAUAUGAGUCUAGGACACGGCGAGCAGAAGGGCAAAGAGCAGGGCGAUCACUCGUCUCCUCCGCCAUCUCCCACCAGGACCAAUCCGUUCGCUCACAUCCGUCUGAGGAAAACGGUGACCAAUGAUCGCUCUGCUCCGCUGAUCGAGUAGGAGGAUCGGCCUCAUUUACUGACUUUUCCUUUUUACUGUUAGAAAAUAAUUAUUUUAAUCAAUAACUGUAACGAAUUUUGAGCAAAAAACGGCAGCAAAUGUAUAAAUAAUGUGAAAAAAAAAUUAUUUACACAGCUCCUUUUUUUUUCUUUUAUUGUUUAUUUUUUCCAUUUGAGCCACUCAUUACUUCAUUCGUAUUUUUUUUAAGACAUUUUUUUUUAUAUUUAAAUAGAUAUUGAUGUAUGUUGAUUAACAGAUUGGAUUUGACUGGUCCCAGAUCAGACAUGCUGGAUCUCUGGUUAUAUUAUGUGUUUAAUAUAUGUAAAAUGCGUGAAGUCGGGUGAAUUCUCCAUUUCAGAGCUCUAGAUAGCAGAUAGCAACGAUCUCAUGUACAUUACUUAUGUAUAUUAGUAUUUUCACGCAAACCUGAGCUAGCUAUAUGGCUAAGAAUCACUAGAAGAUUGAUGAGUUUUCAAAGGAUAUCUACAGUAACAUUAAAAGUUAAUACAAUUUUAUCAGCGUUUUACAAUUGCCUAGCUAAUUAGUAGUAUUAGUAGAAUUCUGAAUUGCAAAAGUUUCAGCUAGCUAACUACCAAAUGUUUUUGCAUGAUAGCUAUUUUUAUUACAGUUACUUCCUGUCAGCGAGCGAAUUGCAGUUCACUAUCAAACUUUAGCUAGCCCAUAACAAAUGUCUGUUUUGUAGGUAGUUCAUUUUUUCUCACACGUUAACUAACAUUGCGAACUAAUCUCGAUCAAUAACUAGCGAAUGAGAUUUCUCUCGAAUGCUACCUAGCUGUUUUUUUUUAGCUGUUAAUUGCCUGGCACAAUGAAGCCAGUGAUUUACAUCUGUCUAACAAAUUUCAGAUAGCUAGUUUCCCAUGUGAAUCAAAUUUUCUUUAUAAGGCAGCUGGCAAUGAUGAAUUUCUCUCAAAUUAUCGCUAGCUAACAAUGCAAUCUAUUCUCAGUCACAAUUAUCAAAUUUCAGCUAGCUAGUUUCCAGUGAGAAUGAAAUCUCCCUCAAAUUUCAGCUAGGUAAUGACAAAUUGCUCUCAAAUCACAGCUAGCUAGUUUUGCAGUCUAAUCUCAGUAAUAACUAGCAAAUGAGUUUCGUCACGCUGUUGCCUAUCUAGGGCUCUAAUACGGAGAUUUGGUUUUGUGCCUUGAGCCAUAAUUUUGAUUAUAAAAACUUUAUACUAUAAUUAGCGUUACAACUCGGUAUUUAAUUUUAUAGAUUGAAAGAAACUCGAUUUUUUGAAAAGAUCCAGGAAGUUAAAACAUAGAAGGUGGAUAUUAUUGGUAUGUCAUCCUGCUGAGGAAGGUUAUUGAGAUGUCGAUGGUUAGCAGAUGUAGCUUCAAGUUUGGGAUGUGUAAAUUGAGUUCUGAGUGAUAUAAACGGCAUAAACGUUACAGAAAAUUUACGUUACUACGCUGUGGUAACAGCUGAUGGUCAGAAGGACAUCCUGUAAAAAAAAUUACCUCAGACUUAGAGAUGACCACAUGUAACUGAUGAAGCUACAGUGAGAAAUGUUUUUGAAUAUACUGCAUAUACAUUGUAUUGCCAACAGUUUGUGGACACCAUUCCACAUAGAGGUAUAAGGUUCCAUUCCACAAUGAGGGCUCUUUUGCUGUUAUAGGAUGAUGUUCCACUAGAUUUGAUGGAGAUUUGUGUGAGAUUUCAUUCAGCCACAAGGGGGCGUUAAUAAACUCAGGUAGAGAUGUAGGUGUGGUGAAUAUGGAAGCCUGUUUUUCCAUCAUUUUUUUUUUUUUUAUUUACUUUAUUUCUCGCAAUUGUGACUUUUUCUCGUGACUCUGGCUUUUUCUUUUUCUCUCAAUUCCAACUUUUUUUUUCACUAUUUCCGACUUUUUGUCUCGCAAGUCUCACUUUUUUCCUCACAAUUCUUACUUGUUUUCUUGCAAGUCUGAAUAUUUUCCUCACAAUUCUUACUUUUUUCCUCACGAUUCUUACUUUUUUCCUCACGAUUCUUACUUUUUUCCUCACAAUUCUGACUUUUUUCCUCACGAUUCUGACUUUUUUCCUCACGAUUCUAAAUUUCUCCUCACAAUUCUUUUUUUUCUUCAUGAUUCUACAUUUUUUCCUCAUGAUUCUGAAUUUUUUCCUCACAAUUCUUACUUUUUUAAUCACGAUUAUUACUUUAUUCCUCACAAUUCUCAUUUUUUUCCUCACAAUUCUUACUUUUUUCCUAAUGAUUCUCACUUUUUUCUUCACAAUUUUGUUUUUUUUACCCAAGCGGUUAGCGUCAUGCUCCCUGUAGUGUCAGAAAGUUUUACACAUGGAAAAUGAAAGCGGCUACAAUCAGAACAAAUCGAUCUGUGAAACAAUGGAGGACCAUUUUAGGCAUGGUUCUACAAAACCCUGAGAUCUUGUUGUUACUGGAAGAAUGGCAUGAUAUCGAACAGCCUCCGAUCCGAUCUGAGAAAACUCAGAAGAAGUACUCAGAAUUGGCCGAAAUAAAGUGGGAAUUGUAAGGAAAAAAAGUCGGAAUUGCGAGAAAUCAAGUCACAAUUACACUUUUUUUAAUGUGGUAAAAACCUGAAGAGGUAAAGAGGCCUGAAAUAGGUAAAGAAUUCAUCACAAAGGUGUUUAAUAGGGUUUAUACCGCUAUAGCUGUACCCAUAUCUUCAUGGGAGCUGGAAAAAGUUUGGGUCUCCUAAAUCAAAUAAAGGGAAAAAUGUCAUUCUACCACAUCCAAAGAUGUCCUAGACAAUUUUAUGUCUUAGAGUUUGUGGGAACAGUUUGCCAAAGAAACCUCAUAUGGGUGGGAAAAGGCGGGCAUUCCAAUUUAUUUGGCUAUACAGCGUAGAUUCUCUGAUAAGUGGCGAUGAUCGGGGGGCCAAGCACCAGGUCCAAGGUGCUGUGAGAAACCUGGAGCGUGGAAUCUCCUACAUGAACGUAAAUGCGCUUAAUGCCGUUUGCCUAAAAAAGGGUCUCGAACAACUUUUAAAUUAUGUCUGGCCGCAACUGACAUUCGGUGAAGCUAAAGGUGAAGAACGUGAUGAAGAGCGAAGAGCGACUCCAGUAAGUGUUCGAGAAAGUUCAUGGGAAAGUGCAUAGGCGUCGGAGGAGGACGGAUUUGACUUUCAUUUGACUUUCAUUUCACGUCUUUCUUGUUAAUAGUUUGUGAGCUGAUCGACUGAUUACUGGUGGAUUAAAGUGAAUGAUUUGUAAGUUUUUUUAAUUGUUAUAAUUGUUAUUGAAUAGGACCAAAUUUCAAAGUGAUCUGUUUGAUUUUUUUCAUUUUCUUGAAGCUGAUUUCUUUCCUUUUUGAUCUGUUUGUUGGGUGUUUUCUUUUUUUUA